CUCAUCCCAGAUCUAUUUCCCACGCAUUUCAGCGACCAUUCCUUCAGCGCUCUCAAGAAUUUCAUGUUAUUUGCGAACCAUUACUUGAUCUUAUGUUAGAUCAACAUAUAAAAGAUGUUAAAAAUGGUAUUGCAGAUCCUUCGAAACCUUCAAAUUCUAGUUUAUUCAUGCCAAAAGUUUUAUCAACCUUUGACGAAGUUUGGAAAACCCAUUAUGAUGAAUCCUCAAAUAAAUCAAAACGAGUAUUUUAUCAUGAACAUUCGGUUUUUCUUCUAAGGGCUAUAUCAGAAACUUCCUUUUUAACAAAUCCUCAAUUUUUGGAGAUGACACACACGUUCUUAAUCCGUAAUCCUGUAAAGUCGGUAAGAUCUUUAUAUAAAGCUGCUAACUUCAUAUUUAAAAAAAGUCCCGAAUAUCAACUCCAAGACUUCGAUAAGAGUCUAGUAGGAUUGAAAGAAUCCAAACAAAUUUUCGAUUUGUUAAAAGAUUUAAAUAAACAACUUAUUGUUGUGGAUGCUGAUGAUUUGAUUAACGAUCCAGAAAGAGUUUUGAAUAAAUAUUGCGAAUUAAUUGGAGAGGGAUAUAAAGAAGAAAUGAUUCAUUGGGAGGCAAAAACUGUUAAUGAUAAUGCGGAAAAUAGUACAGGCUUUAAUAAUUUUACUAAUAAAUAUGAUCAAGAAAUUGAAUAUCCACAAAUUGUCUAUGAUGCUAUCGCUGAAAACAAACCGUAUUAUGAUUAUUUAUAUAA